AUGCCUAUCUAUAUAGUUCCGAAGAGAAGCCAUAUUAGUGUGGUUGGUGAUUCUUCACAAAAGCAUCCCCCAGAAACUGUCUGUGCUAGAAACAGGUUUGGACAACAAUUUACACCACACAUAUCAGCAAAGGAGGAAAGCAAUCCAUUGUCACAGUCCCUUAGUACAACGAAAGACAUAAACAGGACCUAUGUGCUUUCGGCCUGUACCAAACUGGCUGAUGCCUUGCCUGCUGUUACAACUGAGGGCAAGUUGACCCUCCAGAGACGAACUGUGGCAAAUGAAGAACAAUCCAAUAAGAAUGCAACACAAGACAGUGAAAACACACAAACAGAAAGAAGAUUGAUGCUGCAGCGCCGUACGAGAACUGGAUCGACUGAGAAACAUAAAGCAAAUAACAUUUAUGAAGCUAGAGCAGAAAAUGCGGUGUCUCUACCACAGAAGAGUAACAAAACUUCAUUUCCUCCAAAAACUAACAGCAGUGACCCUCCACUUGUUAAGAGUGAUCUUCAAUCACUUAAAGGCUGCAGGGAUGGAAAGAUAAAUCCUGAUAUGAAAAAUGGUUUGCUUUUUAAACCUAGUAGUUCAAAUGUUACUGGUAGCUACACGCCUUUGACAUACAGGACAGUUGUUGCUGAUUCACAGUGUCAAAACGAGGUUCCUAGAUCGUCGCUCUUAACGACAGCUAAACCAGGUGAUAGGGCAUCUGCAACAAAAGUGACUGAAAAACAUAAUUUCAGUAAGGAAAAUGGAAGUGAAACCACACUAAAAAGAUUUCUUAAAAAUGAAAAUUUGGAAGGGCAGAAGACACCAAGGAAAGGUACAGCUGAAGGAAUUAGAUUUACUCCCAAAUGUGGACCUGUUCAGUAUGCCAGGAGUCCUGCUCUCUCCACUGUAAAGAAUAAGACACAAUGUCUUCAAACAGUAUCACAAAAGAAUACCAGUAGUUCAAAUGCAUUUACCCUGAGUAGUAAAAAUGAAAGGGUGCAAGAAAAUCCUACAUAUAUUCAACCAACUGCUUCACUGAAAGAAGAUACUCUAAUGCAGAAUAUGUGCACAAAAAACGACCCUUUCAAAAUAGAGAAUAGUAAAGUAACUGUGGCUGUGAGAGUACGCCCCUUUAGCAUCAGAGACAAAAAUGAAGAAACGUUCCAGGUCGUUUCCAUGGCUGGACAAGAGACUGUUGUUUGCCAUCCAGAUACAAAACAAACCCACAGUUUCAUGUUUGACUUUUCAUUCUGGUCUUUUGAUAAGUGUCAUAACUUUGCAAGCCAAGAAAUGGUAUAUCAGUCCUUGGCACUGCCUCUCCUAGAAAGGGCUUUUGAAGGAUACAAUACCUGCCUAUUUGCAUAUGGACAGACUGGUUCUGGAAAGUCAUAUACCAUGAUGGGAUUUGAUGAUGGUGAACAAGGAAUAAUACCAAGAUUCUGUGAAGAUCUUUUUACUCAAAUAGCAAAACCACAAACUCAACAGAUUAUUCAUCAUCUUGAAAUGAGCUAUUUUGAAGUCUACAAUGAAAAAAUUCAUGACUUGCUUGUCCUCAAAGCUGAAAAUUGGCAGAAGAAGGUACCUCUUCGUGUAAGAGAACAUCCAGUAUUUGGACCUUAUGUGGAAGACUUGACAGUGAAUGUUGUUAAUUCUUACUCGGAUAUUCAGCAUUGGCUCCAGUUAGGAAAUAAAUACAGAGCUACGGCUGCUACAGGCAUGAAUGACAAGAGUUCUCGAUCUCAUUCUGUUUUCACACUGGUGAUGACACAAACGAAGAUAGAUACUGUGGAAAAGGAAGAACGUGAACAUAGAAUUAUCAGUCGUGUUAAUCUGAUAGACCUAGCGGGUAGUGAACGCUGCUCUACAGCUCAAACCAGUGGAGAAAGACUGAAGGAAGGUGCGAGUAUAAACAAAUCGCUGUUAACUUUGGGGAAAGUUAUUUCUGCACUGUCUGAGCAAAAUCAGAGCAGGAAGAAGGUGUUCGUUCCAUACCGAGAUUCUCUCCUUACAUGGCUGCUCAAGGAAAGCCUUGGUGGAAAUUCAAAAACUGUUAUGAUUGCCACAAUAAGCCCAGCUGCCAGUAAUGUAGAGGAAACUCUUAGUACUCUUCGAUAUGCUAAGCAAGCUUGUUUCAUAGUCAAUAUUGCCAAAGUAAAUGAAGACAUCAAUGCUAAGUUAAUCCGAGAAUUGAAGGCUGAAAUUGAGAAACUGAAAUUGGCUCAAAGGAAUGUUCAGAAUGUUGCCCCUGAAAAGCAGAGACUUUACAUACAAGAAAUAACAUCUCUAAGAAUGAUGCUACACCAACAAGAGAGGGAGAUGGCUGAGAUGCAAAGGGCCUGGAAAGAAAAACUUGAACAAGCAGAAAAAAAGAAAUUUGAAGAAACAAUGGAGUUACAGAAAGCAGGUAUUACAUUCAAGGUAGAUAACAGUCUUCCUAACCUGGUCAACCUCAAUGAAGAUCCCCAGCUCUCUGAGAUGUUGCUGUACAUGAUAAAGGAAGGAGAAACUACCGUUGGGAAAUGCAAGCCAAAUUCAUGUCAUGAUAUUCAGUUGUCUGGCAUUUUAAUUGCUGAUGACCAUUGUGUGAUCAAACAGAUGGAUGGUGCAGUGAGCAUUAUUCCACUGGGAGAAGCGAAGACAUACGUUAAUGGGAAAUGCAUUUCAGGGCCUACAUUUCUGCGUCAUGGUGAUCGCAUCAUUCUUGGAGGUGACCACUAUUUUCGAUUUAAUCAUCCAGUAGAGGUUCAGAAAGUCAAAAGUCUGCAUUGUGGGGCUUCCCUUCCUGAGGAUGGUCCAAAAGGUUUUGAAUUUGCAAAAGAUGAAUUGCUGGCUGCACAGAGGGCUCAACUUGAAUCAGAAAUAGAAGAAGCACGGCUAAAAGCUAAGGAAGAAAUGAUGCAAGGCAUUCAAAUUGCAAAAGAAAUGGCUCAAGAAGAGCUUAGUUCUCAGCAAAAGAAUUAUGAGAGCCAGAUAAAGUCAUUAGAAACACAGCUGGAAGAAGAAUCCCGUAGGAAACAGUUGCAGGAAACGAAUAAUCAAAUGGCUGCAAACAAAAUUCAAGAGCUGGAGAAAGCAAAGCGAGGUCUUGAGCUAGAGGUAAACUUCAUCAAGAAGCACUUGGAAAUGGAGAAAUUGGCUGCCAAAGAGGUUUUAGAAGAUCAUGUAAUUUGUCGUGCCAAGAUUCUUGAAGCUCUGGAAUCUGAGAAGCAGAAAAUUGCUCAGGAAGUGCAAAUAUUUCAGCAGAGUCGGGGAAAUAGAAAUAAAGAACCAAACUGGAAUUCUUUAAAACUGUCCAUGAUGAUCAAGGAGGCCAACACUAUUAGCAGUAAAUUAGAAAAACACACUGUUUUUUGUAGACAUGAUGCAAUGGAUACAGAAAAUGGUCCCAGCCCUUCUCUUCAAGUGCAGGUCCGUAACAUCAGGCUGGGUGUUUCAACUUUCUGGAGCCUGGAGAAAUUUGAAGACAAACUCGCUACAAUGAAAGAGGUCUACGAGACAAACAGUAAUAACAAAACCGAUGAAAUUUUUUAUGAUCCCACUGAUGAAUGGGAACCCGAUUUUUCAAAUGCAUCAGUUUCUUUCCUUUCUACAAGGAGGAGAAGUAGAAGUCUAAGGAAGAGCAAGCGAAUUUCUGGAUGUUUAUCUGAGGUAAAGAUGAGGCUACACAAUUCAUACUUACCAGGCUCAACAAAUGCACUGGCCAGCCUGAGCUCAGAUCCACCUGAAUCAUUUCUACCUGGUAUUUGUAAGGAAAUGAUAGGUUCAGCUCUGGAUACGCUGGCACGGACGCAUGAAGAAGAGGAGAGCAUGGCACAAAGCCUAUUAACAACAUUGUGCACCAUAUAUACUGGAGUCAGUGCAUUGACAAAGGCUUAUGAGGAAGCUGAAGAAAGUCAAGAGAACUUUUUCAUUGUUGAUCAUGGUGCUCAGUCUUCCAGCAUCAGGAUUACGUCCAGUUUUGAACAGCUUGUGGUUCUAACCAAGCAUUGGCUGAACUGUUUCCGAAAAAAUGACGAAUUUGUAAAAAUUUAUGAUGAACUAAGGGAAGAUAUAAAACAUUUGGGAGGAUAUCUGCAAUUGCUAUUGCAGGGUGGUUGUUCCGAUCUGUCGUCGGUAGUAGCAGAGGCACAGAGAAAAAUAAUGCAGAUGUUGAAAGAGAUGGUAAAAUACAUAGGGCACUUGGCAGCACUUACUGGCUCAGACCUACAUUUUGCAGCAGAAAAUAAAGGUGAUACAAGCAAUCCAAAGAAGCAGUUCAUAUCAGACCUCUAUAAAGGAAUCAACUUGGGAUUGGAGCAUCUUUUAGAUUGUAUACAGAAAACAUCUAGAGUGAUGCAGAAUGAACUCUCAAAAUGGUACCCACAAAAUGAGGUUCAGAAUCGAAUGAAGAAUAAAGCUAGAGCUUUGGCUAAAGUCAUUGAAAAUAUUGUAUCUGAUUGUAAAAAGAAGGAAGUCGCACGUUUAUUAAGGAGAGAAGAAUCUGUUGACCAGGACUUAGAGAAAGCAACAUGUACAGCUGUUGAAUUCUUGGCAUUGCAUCAUUGUCUAGAUCAAGUCUACCAGAUCAUUACGUCUUCAUUACAAGGUGCAUACAGAAACAGAAGUCCACUCAGAUAUUUUAUAGAAAAGAUUUGUAUUUUAGCUGAGAAUAUUAACGCUCUCUGCAAUCCAUCAUCUUCAUCCAUUAACUCAGCAGACAAUCUUGUCCACAAAAUCCCAGAGCCUCUUGUAAACCAGAGUGAAUUAGAUUCUGUAGCAAAGUCACUCCUUAUAAGUUUUGAACUUGACCUGGGAGAGAAUGCAUUGAAAAUUCAGGGCAGUUGUAUGGAAAGUACUCAGUCGGAAGGAAAACAACUUGAAAGAGGUGAAGCCAUAAACUUUGGGAACCAGAAAGGAGUUCAAAAACGGGAAUAUAAACUUUUGUCUCUACCUGAAAGUUUAGGGGAAUCUUCACCUUCUGGAAUAUAUUGGGUAUGACUUAUUGC